AUGCCACCCUACCAUUCAGAUCUGCAACCAAUCGAGUACAUUUGGGCUUACGUGAAGGGGAUCGUCGGCCGGCAAUAUACCACGGAGACGACGAUGGAGGAUGUCCGGCGGCGGUUGGACAUUGCGUUGGAGGGCGUACCAAGUGACGUGAUCUAUCGAUGCAUCAGUCAUACGAAGAAGAAAGUGUCUGAACUCAGUGCAUACCUUGUCGAGCUGGAAGCUGCCGACGAAGCUGUUAAUGAACCCGCGCUGCCUGGAGAGGACGAGUCAAGUGACGAUGCAGAAAGCGACGACGACCAGAGCAUUCUUACGGAUAUCGUUGUCUAA